AUGUCUGCAUUCACAACGCCAUUCACUGAAUAUCUGCAUACCAACUAUGUGCCUACGAGUAUCGAUAGAGCACAAAUACGUCAACUGUUAGUCGAGCCAGAAGCGGCGCUUGCAAAGAUCGACGACGAUAUCCGACGACUCCAGGCUUUGGUCGACGAAAUCAGGCAGCAAAAGGCAUCAUUGGAUGAGACCAUUCACGAACACUACCUGCUUCUUACGCCAUUCAGGCGGUUACCUGAUGAUAUUCUAACAGAAAUUUUUUGCUGGACUCUCCCAGACAUGCACAAUGCUUUGAUGAGCUCCAGCGAACCUCCUCUCCUACUCGGACGUGUAUGCAGUCGAUGGAGGUCGCUGGCCUACCACACUCCACGUCUGUGGUCAACUCUGCAUGUUCCUCUCCCUGUACCACCAAGCCAUAACGGAUUAACGUACUGGAUGCCUUCUGAAGCGUUCCAACAGCUUUCUGUUGACUUUGAGGGUAAAUUCAGGCGACACUGCCAGGCCGUUGUUGACUGGUUGAAUCGGUCAGGCAGCCGCCCCUUAUCACUUUCUAUCAACCCGCGAGACAGCGUUUCUCACACUCAUCAACAAUACUUCCGCCCGUACCUAGAAAUCUUGCUCGCUUUCUCCGAUCGUUGGCACAAACUCGAAAUAUCUAUUCCAUCAACAGAAUGCUCCAGCCUAAUCGCCUCUAUCCCAGCCUCUUCUGUCCCUAAGCUACGGUAUCUCCACUUGAAAUUUUCUCGUCGGUCUGCACACGAGAACGUCUGGGCGAGAAGUGGGAUUCUGAAAACACCUACUCUGCGCGUGUUGUACCUUUCUGGAUUCCCCUUUAGGUUGUCUGGCCUUGAGAUGAAUUGGUCACAAGUCACCCAUCUCAUUCUCUCGGAUAACUCUAACGCAAUAGCGAGGCAGAAGCGGGUCAGCUUGGAAGAGGCGUACAGAAUUUUCAGCCUGUGUAAGAAUUUACAGCAUGUGACACUGGACAUUAUCGACACCCCAGAUGCCGUCAGUCCAACAGACCCCCUGGACCUUCCAUAUCUUGAGUCGCUAGCAAUCAUAGACGGCGCGCAUUGUAUCGCUACUCUGAUCGAGUGCUUCAAUGUGCCGUCACUGCGCAUCAUUUCGUACCACACUAACUUUUGGCCUUCAACUGCACGCCGCUCACCACUGAUUCUGCUCCUUCUCCGGACCAACAACCGCGUAGAAGUUCUAACAACAGACUUACAAUUUUUCAUGGUUUCCGACAUCAUCGAAUGCAUGGAACUCGUCCCGUCUCUUAGAUGCCUCGUCAAUGUACGUUCUAAGCUGGGUGUCUCCCGCGAGCAGGCACGGUCGCGGAGCUAUCUACCCUUUAUCGUCAAAUUGAUGAAAGGCAUCCUCGACAUUCUCCUCCCAAACUCCUAUCGCGAGUGCCUCUGCCCGAGGCUCGAAAUAAUCCGCCUGAAAGACUCGCUCAUCCUCAGCGAUCAGGACGCGGCCAACUUCAUCCAAACGAGACUCGAGGCGAGCAAAGAACUCGGCAUCGCGCGGCUCACCGAAGUCAGUAUCACUUUCACAAGGGAGCCUUUGAUCGACAUCGAGGCGCAUCUGCAACCCUAUAUUCAGGAAGGUCUGAAGUUGCAUGUAGCAUUCCCAGCGGCAAGGAAGGUCACUGUUUCUAACUUCAACCCGCUCAAUGGACUCGUGAAGCGAGAUUCGACAUCGGAGCCUUUGUUACCGUGGCUUUAA